AUGAAAAUUACACAACUUCUGCAUAUGCUAGGCGUAAUAGCAUCCAUUACGUCUUUGGAGUAUGUGAUACGCUAUGAGGCGAAGAAGAAGCGCUGCUUGAACCCGCCACGCACGGCCAGGCGAGUGGAGUCGGUGAUCAGGGACUGUCAAGAGGAGGUCAAGAAUAAGCUGGUUACAGAGGCCUAUGAGAUACUCAAGGAGCAGGUGUCACAGGUGCAGCCACCACUGCAUACGGACGAUGACAGCGUGGAGUUCAUUGAGUCGAUAGACUGGCCACCCGUCCACAGCGAAAUACAGUUACAGCACAGCUCCGAAGAGGCGCCACCCAAUGCCAGCCGCUAUGAGUACAUUGUCUACGAUGAGCCCGAGCCCCGACGUCGCAUGGCUCGGCUCGUGCGCAGUAUCAAGCGUCUGGACGUGGCCAGUGCGGGCAUCUAUCAUCCCACGCUGGUGCCACUCGAAGAUAAACGCAUAGCGGGCUGUCUGCUUCACUGUGUCUAUGCGAGGAACAACGCCAUUGACAAGAACGGCUGGCCGACGCUGGACGGACUGGUUGGCUUUUACUCGGAAGGCGUACAUGAGCACGGCUUUUUUAUGGCCACAUUGCGAUCCGUUAAUCUCUGUCUGCGGGCCAUGACCAAUAAAUAUCAAGUGAGUCGUCGCGAUCUCCCGCAGAAAGGCGAAAGCUGCGAUUUGGCCUUCGAUGUGUUUGACUGCAUAUCAGAUCAGAUAACAGGAUAUUGCCUGGAUCAAUAUAGUAGAUAUUAA